AUGGCUAUUGCUCCUAUCACUGGUACUUUAAGAAGAAAGAUCAUCACCGAUAUCACUUUGGGAUUCGGAUGUGGAUUUGUAUUGGCUUUUGCUUAUUGGGAAUUUGAACAUAAACCAAUUGUUGCUAAAAGAGAAGCUUACUAUAAACAAUUAAAAGCUCAAAAGGAAGCUGAAGAUAGUGUUUAA